AUCACAGUCACAGCUCCGAGGACUCCAGCACACAUUUCAUCCUGACAUGUCACUUUGGUGGAAAGUGCCUGCGACAACAACAAUAGGCAUGAGCCCCGGGUCACCGCUUUCUGCGUAAAGCGAACUGUACAAAACAACUUCCCAAACUCCUGCUGCUUCAGCCAUGAGCGGAAAAGGCUGUCAGCUGCUGGUGUCUCCAUGCAGCGUGUCCCCAUCGCUGAGCAUGAUCAGAGGACACCAGGCCCAGUCCAUCAGGAUGCCCGUGUCCUCCCCACAAAGGACUAAUCUCAGUCCCUCCUCGGGGAGAACGGACAAAGCGAAAAGAGGGACCAUCCACGACUUGGCUUCUGGGAAACAGAGCGGAAACCACGUCGUCCUGCCAAACCUGAGCCUCCGCAGGCGAGUGUUGACCAACGGAAAGCAUCUCAACAUGUCGACUGCUUCACCUGCUGCUCAUCAUCCUCAGAACACAGCGGGGACGGCCAGCACACAGACCCGACUCUGCUCCUCUAAUAACAGCUUCAGAGAUUGCCCCGUGUCUGGGCCUGCCAUGGAUGUAUUUGGUCAGGCAGCUGCUGUUAACCUAACAGUCACCAGCAGUCCCAUGGCGGUUGUCACAGGCCAACGCUAUACCGCGGGGCCUGCAGCGCCUCAUCCUCAGUCUCACAGCGUGCCGAUUCCCCACACGGAUGCCAGAUCCGUACUGUCCAGAGAGUCCCUGGCAUCCACCACCCUCAGUCUGUUCGAAACGCAGUCGAUGUUUAGUGGCAGACAUGAUUGGCCAUAUGGUUACCGCGUGCUUCCUCCCCUGGGACUACCUCAGAGCUCCGCUCAGGCCAGCGAGGGCGUGGAGCAGCUCAGCCUUUCCCCCGGCACGGCCAUGUCCGGCACCACGAGCACCUCCGCCUCCCUGCCCUCGUACCUCUUCGCGGGCGAGGCCGGAAGCCCCAGACAGUCUCGCGCGAAGAAGAGAGCUCUGUCCAUGUCGCCUCUGUCGGAUGUCAUGGGCAUUGAUUUCAACUCCAUCAUACGCACCUCGCCUACCUCGCUCGUGGCUUACAUCAACGGCUCCCGCAGCUCUCCGGCCUCCCACCCCACGCUCUCGCCCGUUCAGUCGGAGAGCUACGGCCACUUUCUGGGCGUGAGGGGCCGCUGCAUCCCCCAGACCCAUCCCUACACCGCGCCAGCCCUGGCCCCGCAGUCGGAGUGCGGCCGUAUGCAGAUGCUUGAAGAGGGAGGGGGUCUGGAGAGCCAGAUGGCUAACAUGGUGGUGGAGCAGCAGUGCCUCCCCGAUGAAGGAGGGGUGCUGGAGAAGACUUCAGACAGAUGCAGCCAAACCGCCAACAAUAUGCUGCCACCUCUACAGUUAGAGCCAGCUCUGUUGAGCACCGUCCAAGAGGCUGCCACUCCACACGGGCCUCCGCCACCCUACCACUCACACCAGCACGUCCAGCUCGCCAGACAUCACGGUAGAAUAAAGCCCCCUUCUCAGGACACGCAAGCUCCCAUGGUUCCUCCCAGACACGGGGUCAGCUUUUUACCCCAGAUCCCGAUGCUGGAAGAAGAAGAGGGAGAGCUGGAGGACUACGGGUCCCACUGCUGCAGGUGGUUGGAUUGCAGUGCGGUCUACGACCAAAAGGAGGAGCUGGUGAGGCACAUAGAAAAGCUUCAUGUGGACCAGAGGAAGGCUGAGGAUUUUACAUGUUACUGGGUGGGCUGUCCGCGCAACUUCAAGCCUUUCAACGCCCGAUACAAGCUCCUUAUCCACAUGAGGGUCCAUUCAGGAGAGAAACCCAACAAGUGCUCGUUUGAAGGCUGCAAGAAGGCUUUCUCCCGGCUCGAAAACCUCAAGAUCCACCUGCGGAGCCACACGGGGGAGAAACCCUACAUGUGCCAGCACCCGGGAUGCCACAAGGCUUUCAGCAACUCGAGUGACAGAGCUAAGCACCAGCGCACACACCUGGACACGAAGCCGUACGCCUGCCAGGUGCCCGGCUGUGCAAAGCGCUACACUGAUCCCAGCUCCCUGAGGAAACACAUGAAGUCCCAUUCGACAAAAGAGCGACAGUUACGGAAGAAGAUGAAAUCCACUGCCGAUGUGACCCAGGACACGCUGACAGACUGUUUAACCAUCCACCCUCUACAACCAAGCCUUUCUCCUCUGGCAAGGCUAGACAACAACUUGAACACGUCCCCUGGUGCCUCCCGUGAGUCAUACUCUGCUGCUCCACAGGGACAAGACUCCUACAGCGAUCCUCACCUGGCUCUGUUGUUCUCCUUACAGGAUAAUUACAGCUCUUCCCCGGGGACCAGCGUGGGCCUCGCUCUUCCACCUGCCUCCCGCAUCCUCCCACUGGGCCAUCCCUGCAGAACAACCGUGAUCUGAAGCAGCCGCCCAGCCGGCCGCCCGACCCGGCGGCUCACGGCGCAGGAUUUGGCGUCCAAGCAGACGACGUGGCUGCUCGUCAAGAAUUACACGAAGGGGGAUUUCUUUAACUGCACAAGCC